AGCCGAGAGCGAGGCGGAGCAUUGGGUUCACAAGGAGCAUGUGGAGGCAAAUGGAGAAUGUGCAGGUGACAAUGGAGAAUGUGCAGGUGACAAUGGAGAAUGUGCAGGUGACAAUGGGCAACGAGGAUGUGGCAGUGGGACUCAGAGAGACUGUGGGGCCGCUGCUGGGCAUCAGAAAUCGAUAUUUGAGGCGCCUCAAGAAAACAGUGGGGCCGCUGCUGGGCAUCAGAAAUCGGAUCCCGAUAGUAAUGGGCAGGACGGGGCGUGCUGUGAAGGGGGAAGGGAAGAAGGGGCAGCAAUGGAGCAAGAGGAGGAGAAAGUGAGAAUUCAAGUGGCUUCAACACUCGGCUGCUCGCCCGCCACUGGCGCCGAGGAGGCAGGAAACGAAUUUACCAAAGAGGGGGCUGCAGAUAAACUAGACAGGUCUUUGGAGCUGAGUUUUAACAAAGAGCCGGCUCGUAGGAGGUAUUCAUCUGUGACCGCCAGCACCCCCGCAUAUUCCCGUGCCCCCAUCUCGUCCCGCAUCGUUAAGCUCGUUCUAGACCCUUCAGUCAAGCCCAUCGUUGUGCUUGACUGCUCCGAGUCCUCUGCUCCUGCUGCUACUGCUGCUGUUGCUGCUGCUGCUUAUGUUCAUGCUGCGGCUGCAGCUUCUGCUGUUGACCUGCUGACACCUCCAAGCACCAAGACACGGAACAAAGCCAGAAACGCCAAAGCUCAAGGCAGUAUUAGCCCGCUACAUGGGGCCACAGGGGGCCCUGGCCCGUAUGAGGCAUGGUACGAGCCCCUCUGGCCGAUGCCCCGUGCUGGAUUCGGGAAACGAGCUCAGAGCACCGGGGGGGGGAAGGGGGGUGUGGAAAAUCCAGGGCAGGGGUCGGCUGGCAGGCUGAAGGUAAGGUGUGGGGCCAGAGGGGAGAGGGAAGGAGCAGUGGACACAAUGGGGCAAGGGUGUGUGAGUAGCAGCAGUGGUGUAAGUCGGGGAGGAGUGGAGGCAGUGCGGCGAGUGUGCGAGGGAGCUGAGGUGAGGGAGGCCCUGGGACAGGUGUCUGAGAGCAGCAGUGGUGGCAUGGGAGGAGCAGAGGGAGUGGGGAGGGUGUGUGAGAGUAGCAGCAGUGACGGCAGGGGAGGAGGAGCGGAGGCAGUAGGGCUGGGGGUUGGUGCACCUGCACCGUCCGAUGCAUCUGCACCGUCCGAUGCAUCUGCACCGUCUGGUGCAUCUGCACCAGUUGACGCUGCUAUGCCUGCUGGGCUUUCUGAAGCACCUGAGGGUUCGUCUGAAGCACCUGAGGGUUCGUCUGAAGCACCUGAGGGAUUGUCUGAAGCACCUGAGGGAUUGUCUGCAGCACCUGAGGAUUCGUGGGACAUGCAUGGAGCUUGUGUUGUGGGCGCACAUGAUGAUGCUGAUGCUGCUGCCCCCGCCGCUGCUGCUGCCGCUGCUGCUGCCGCUGCUGCUGCCGCUGCUGCUGCCGCUGCUGCUGCCGCUGCUGCUGCCGCUGCUGCUGCCUCUGCUGCUUCCCCUGAUGCUCAUCUUGCAGUUUCUCCUCCUACUGCUGCUGCUCCUGCUGCUGCUGCUGCUCCGGCUGCUGCUGCUGGUUCUGCUGCAUCUGCUUCUGCUGCUCCUUCUGCUACUGCUACUGCUUCUCUUGCUGCUGUGGUUGCCGCUCCUGCUCCUCCUCUUGCUGUUGAUGCUGCUGCUGCUGCUGGUGCUCCUCCUCCUCCUCCGUCUGCUGCUGCCGCUGCUGCUCCUUCUACUGCUCCUUCUGCUCCUGCUCCUGCUCCUGCUCCUUCUGCUGCUGCUGCUGCUUCUCCUCUUUCUUCUGCUGCUGCUACACCUCCCACCAGUGCUGCCACUGUUCCUCCUUCUGCUGCGUCACCCGCUGCUGCCACUGCUGACACAUCCUCUCCUUCCUCCAGCAAGCCCCCUGCCAACACCCAGCAACCCUUCACAGCCAGCCCCCCCCCUCCUUCUGCUGCAUCACCCGCUGCUGCCACGCCUGACAAAUCCUCUCCCUCCUCCAGCAAGCCCCUUCCCACCGCCAAGCAAUCCUUGGGACUCUCCGUCUCUGUAGGAGACGCCCCCACUGCACCCCUCUCCUCCCCCAGGUGGUCCCUCCCCUGGAAGGCCCCUGCGCCGCACUCUUUCUCCUGGAAGCCCCCUGUCCGCCACCCCCUCCUGGGGGCCGGCAGCCCUCUGCGGCUCGUGCUGGGUAAGGCGAGGAAGGAGGAGCGCGGGCCAAGCUGCCUGGACCGAGGGGCAGGUGGCGAAGAGCGUGGGGCAGGCGGCCAGGGGGAGGGGCAGCAGCAGCAAGAGCCGGCGCACGACCAAGCGGGUGGUGCGAGCAGCGCCCCGCGUUCCCGCUCUGACCAUCUAGAGGGGGCUGCAUAUGGGGCAGGAGCAGGAGGAGCAGGAGGAGCAGGAGGAGCAGGAGGAGCAGGAGGAGCAGGAGGAGCAGGAGGAGCAGGAGGAGCAGCAGGAGCAGGAGGAGCAGGAGCAGGAGGGGGAGCAGGCGGGGGUAGUGGGGCGGGUGGGAGAGGGGAGCGGCUGCGGGGGUCACUGAGCGAGGGCAGUCUGUUUGCCAGCCGGCGCAGCGUGAACCGCCUCCUCUCCGCGCGCCACCGCAUGCUGCUCUCCCCCCGCGACUUCCUCCGCAAGUUCUCCUCCUCCUCCGUCCCCUCCUGGAAGGGUGUCAACUGGCGGCAGGCGUCGGACUCAAGCCUCUCAAUGAUCCCCUCGGACGGGCCCAAGGACGUGUGGGAGGCGGCGGAGCGGAACCAGCUGGGCGGGCAGUGGGACCGGUCCAGUAGUGCGAGGAAGAGGAGCAUCCUGUUGCUUGGUGCUAAGUCGCUGAGUGACAGGGCUCUCAGCGGGAGGGCGUUGAGCGGGAGAGGGAGCACGAGCAUGCAGGAGAGAGCGAGUGGGGCGAGGGGGGACGGAGUGGUGGGAGAGCAGAGUGCAGCGGAAGGGGUGACGGAUAGCAGCAAGGCAAAUGGAGGGGAGCAAGGUGGGCCGGGAUGUGAGUCCUCCGCAGGUGGGUUGCACGGCCGCAGACACACUGUUGACGGGGCUGGGGCUGCUUUCGGCGCUGGGCUUGAUUUUGGCACUCUGGGAAGGAAUGCUGCAAAGGAGGAUUGGGAGCGGGUGAGGCGCAUCAGCCAGGCUGCGCUGGGGAUUUCCAGAAGCGGCAGCAGCAGCGGCAGCGGCAUUGGCGACCCUCAACGGGUGCUUCCGCCCAAAGGCGAUGAGCAGCUGUAUGCACGCAGCAGCAGCACUCGCAGGACGUGGGGGUUCAAGUCAUGGGCCAGCGGCCACAAGAGGAGCUCCAGUCAAAACAGCUCGAGGAGUUCUGGGGCGCCUCAAAGCGUGCCGUUGGUGGGGGGUGAGAGCUGGAGCUCCAGUCAGAAAGAUCUUUCGAAGGGAAAGAGCACGAGCAGCACUGGCAACGGUGGUUCCCCUGACAGCCCUCGGAGUCAUCCCGAUGCCUCAGGUGAAUCCUCAGGUGGCACCGUGCUGUGGAAUCCGUACAGCGCUGAGGGAAGGCUGGAAGAAGUGCCGAAAUUUGUCUCUCUUACCGAGUCAUAUGGGGGGGAGAAUGAGGGAGUGGAGGGGGAAGGGGAGGAGGGGGAGGAGUACAUGGGUGUGCCAUGGAGCUGCCCGGUGCUGAUGGACGACGUGUCGAGAGGGGGGCAUCGGCAGCAUCAGAUGCAGCAGAUGCAGCAGCAGCAGGCAGGUGGGAAGGUGGGGGCAGCAGCAGCAGGAAUGCAGCCAUUGAAAGAGAGUGAGGCAUGGGAGCGUUUGGGAGGGGGGAGAGAGGGGGAAGCGGGUGACGAAGGGGAGGCCAGUCAACAGAAGAAGACAAAGGCUGCCGCCUCUCUUGUUGCAGUGAAGCCGUUUAGGCAGCGUGUGCAGCAGCCGAAGGCAAUGGGGGGGCAGCAGUUGCAGGGGGUGUAAGUAUGGGAUGGAUGGGUAAGGUUCAGUCAUCCACUUUUACUAGAUGUCUUUGUUGAUUGCCCACAAGUAGGCCUUCUUCUAAGCCCAUACAAGCCACACAAUGAGUGAGUUAAGCUUUCCAAGGUUAUUCUGCAGUUGUUACGAUUGGAUUUUGUACAACAACAAAAAAUCUGGCUUCGC